AUGUCGGAGGCGCAACAACCCCCAAACGGGGUGUCCCCAUACAAGAUUGACUGGCCCUUCAACGGCUGGCUGGUCCUGAUCCUCCUCUUUGCCUACGGCUGCCUCGUCGGCAGCCGCAAGCUGCUCCUCGGCGUGGUGCUCCUCAGCAGCCUAGUCGUCCUGCUCACUGACCGCACCUCGACCUGGCGGCAGACCUUCACCCUCCUCCUCGAGCUCCCGCUCGGCCUCGGCUCUGUGCUCUACUACCUCUCCGCCCCGGCCUCCUUCCGCGUGCGGCACUUCCGCACCUUUACCAUCUGCGUCAACCUCGCCGUGUGCCUGUACGUCGGGCUGGGCGUGGUGCUCGUGCCCGCCGAGCGCACCUUUCGCGGGUGGUGCGGCCGGCUCGCGGGCUUCUGGCUGUUUGCGUCGCUCGUCCAGCAGGCGCGGUACAAGGGCUGGCUGCAGACGCUGGUCCCGCACGACCGCGUGCUCGUCUACACGGCCGUCAGCAAGACGUGGAUCGUCGCGCACGCCGUGUACCGCUACAUCCUGCGCACCAUGCCGGCGACGUACGGCGCGGGCCACCGCGAGCGGCUGCUCGACGCGCUGACGCUCGCGCUGACGAUGCUGCUGUCGCGCGCGGCGGGCCUGCCGUACGCGCACUGCUUCGUCAUGGCCGACGUGCUGGUGGUGCCGGCGGCGGCGGCGUGGUCGGCGCUGGCGACCGCGUGGGACCUGCUGCCGCCUGUCCGGGGCGAGAGCAUCGGGUUUGACAUUGAGAGGGAUCUGUUCCUGGCGGGCCUGCAGCUGUCGGUGGCGCUGGUGGCGGCCGCGGGCAUGUUUGAUGCGUGGGUGGACAAGUCGGUCGAGGACGAGAAGCGCGAAAAGGCAAAGAAUCCGCAGCCGCCACCGCAGCCGCGCAAGGCGGUCGUUACGAGCUAUGAGACGUAUGAAGUUUAG